AUGAAACUUGCUGGGUUGUCACUGCUGCUGCUGCUGCUGCUACUACUACUACUAUUACUGCUGGCUUGGGCUCUUCCUGUGGCGGAAGCAAUUGCAGCAUUUGAUACCAAAGUUGACCAGUGCGUGCUACCCACAACGACAAGUCCAUUUUCAGCCAAGGCCGCUUGCAACUACAUUGAAUCCAAUUGCGAUGUUUCAUACUUCAAGAUUUCCCAGCUUUACUACUGCCAUCACUAUAGCUUAUCCUCGCUCAUCUUCAUUUCAUCGUCAAUCAUACUAGCAUUGUGUUUGAUUUUGCUAGCAUUGAGCAUCUUGGUCUCCAACUAUUUAUUCCGCAAUCUAAAUGAAUUGACGACAGAGUUUGGGCUCAAUAACCAGAUCUUGAGCUUCAUCUUGAUCCCACUUACAAACUCCUUCCCCGAUCUCAUCAACUAUUUUGUGAUUUUGAAAUCGGGUAGCUCGAACUUGGUCAUUGGCCAGCUCAUGGGCAGUCUACUCAUCAUGUUCACCAUCAUCAUUGGCUUGAUUUCCAUACUCACCGGUGUAUUUAAAGUGCAACACCCGAAACUACUCAUUAUUGAUCUUUCGUGGAUCUUGGUGGUACUUAUCUUGUUUUCGUACGUUUUAUCAGAUGGCAAGAUUACACAAUUGGAAUGCAUCAUCAUGACAGCAGUGUACCUUUGCUACAUUGUGUUUCUUAGCAUUUUCGAUAAGGAAAAAAUGAAGACUUACGAUGAAGAGUUGGUGAUUUGCCAUGACGACCAUAGCCAUGUUGUCAGCCAGCCUUAUAAUAUCGAAGAUGCGUUGAGUAUCAUUACCGAUGUUGAGAACCGGCCUGGAUACGGCUCGGUUCAAAGUCGCUCGAGGUCGGCGUCUCCUUCGCCGGUGUUGAGUCCGGCAAUCACCAGAUCUCCUUCACCGCUCCCGACUACACUUUCUUCGAUUGAUAGUAAGACUCAAAAUCUGGGAUUAGGUCUAGGUUUGGCGCUGGCGCUGGCGCUGGCGCUGGCGCUGGAACUGGAACUGGAUCAAACCAUACCACAUUUACUGGUCAAUUACGCCCCCAAAAUUGGAGGCACCACCCAAACUGCACCUCCAAUGUCACGACAAUGUUCGUACCAACAAAAAGCCCUCACCGCCGGUGCCACCGCUAGAAUCACACCCAAGCUCGUGUUCACCUACACCGUUCAAGCCGUGUGCAAUUGCAUCGACUUCUUUCUCAUUUUCCUCAUUCCGUUCCACCGGUGCAUCGACAAUGAAGAUAACCCUUGGAAAGCCAAGAUACGGCAUAGCAAGGUGAUGACACUUUGGUAUUUCUUUGAGGUGCCGCUCUUGGUGAAUUACCAAUUUUUUCAAAUACCCUUGCAUAUCCUCAUCCCGAUCUUGGUUGUUUCGUCACCGUUGGCGUUGCUUGGAAGAAAAUACUGCAAUUACAACUCCAAACUCAUCCUAGUAUCAACAUUGGGGAUCGUGGCCAGUUUAAUUGUAGUUUCCAACAUUUCAGUCUACAUUUUACAAAUACUCAAGAACCUCGGCAUAAUGUGGAGAAUCUCCGACUAUUUAUUAGGCAUGAUGGUGUUUGCCAUUAGCAAUUCCAUCAAUGACAUAAUCACCAAUAUAACACUCGCGACAAAGAUCAAUCCUAUCCUCGGCAUAAACUCGUGUCUCGGCACGCCAUUGUUGAUUAUGUUACUCGGAGUUGGAUUCAACGGUUUUUUAGUCAUCAAGAGUAACCAGGGACGUUCAAUCAAAUUCGACCUCAAAUCGAGUGUCAUCUUGGACACUACAGCAUUAAUCUUUACCAUUGCCUUUUUGUUGAUAUUUUUACCGUGGAACAAAUGGCAGUUGGAUAAGAAAUUGGGCAUUUGUUUGAUUGCGUGGUAUUUCUUGAUUACAGUUAUUAAUUUAUAUUUGGAAUAG